CAGUGUGUUGCUCACAUGUGUCUGUGGAGCUGAUCAGUAGAAGUGCUGUACAGAGAUCGGUGGGGGGAUUGUAGAGAGAUUCUAGGGGGGACUGGCUGAUGUUUGGGGUUUUCUAAAUCAUGGAAGAUCAGGGUUUAAUCCUCAAUAUUACAGAGUCCCCAAUUUCAUCACACAGAGAUGCCAAACACUUCAAGUCAGAGAAACGCAAAGGGAAGUGGCAAUUCAAAGCUCAGAAAAGGAAGUCCCAAGAUGCCAGUGAAGGUCCCUCCUCCAAGCGUGUAGCUCCUCCGGCUGCUCCAGAUAUCGAGACCAGGACCACCGAAUCCAAACCCAGCAAAAACAUAAAAAGAGAUUCCGCGCCUAAAAACAGAGAGAAGAAAGAAGAUGGCACGAAGGGAAGGGCGGCUGUCAAAACAUCCUCCCUCUUCAAAAACAACCCCGAGGUUCCAGAGAUGGAAAGUCUACAUGUGAAACCGUUACAAGAAGACGUGUUCUCUUCCGACUCAUUUUCUGAGCUUGGGCUGCACCCACAUCUGGUCGCCACAAUCACAAACGUCCUGAAUAUGACCCAGAUGACCAGUGUCCAGAAAAUGACCAUCCCGGUCCUCUUGUCUGGCAAAGAUGCCAUGGUGAGGUCACAGACAGGAUCAGGUAAGACUUUAGCGUAUGGUAUUCCCCUUGUACAGUCUCUUCAAGCAGUAACCCCUAAAAUACAGCGCAGCGAUGGACCUUAUGCUCUUGUUUUAGUCCCCACAAGAGAGCUGGCCCUGCAGAGUUUCACCACUGUUCAGAAGCUGCUUAAGCCAUACAGCUGGAUUGUACCAGGAGUUUUAAUGGGAGGAGAGAAGAGGAAAUCCGAAAAAGCCAGGUUACGAAAGGGGAUAAACAUCCUGAUCUCCACCCCGGGGAGGCUGGUCGAUCAUAUUAACUCAACUAAGAGCAUUCAUUUCACACGCGUCAGAUGGCUCAUAGUGGAUGAAGCAGACAGAAUCCUGGACCUGGGAUUUCAGAAAGACGUCACCACCAUUUUGAACGCCAUCAAUUCCCAGAGCCAGCAAAGACAGAACGUGUUACUCUCGGCCACACUGAGCCAAGGUGUGACCCGGCUGGCUGACAUAAGUCUGCAAAACCCGGUGAAUGUGACAGUCACAGAAGAUUCAAACACUGAUGUUGAACCAAAGAAAGCCAUUGAGGCUGGUGAUGACGAUGCCAGCUUUGCUUUGCCAGAGAAGCUCAGCCAGCAUAUUGUAGUGGUCCCCAGCAAGUUAAAGCUGGUCACAUUGGCUGCAUUUAUCCUGGGAAAAUGGAAGUGUGAUAAGAAACCUAAGAUGAUCAUAUUCUUCCCAAGCUGCGAUCUUGUGGAGUUCUACCAUAAAUUGCUCAGCAGUGUACUACCUAUAGGGGGAAGCCGCCCUGACUCCAGAGUCUUUCUUCAGCUUCAUGGUGACAUGGAGCAAGAGGAGAGGACAGAAGUUUUUCAGCAAUUCGCUGAAACCAAAGCUGGGAUACUCCUGUGUACAGAUGUUGCUGCUCGUGGUCUGGAUUUACCUCGGGUGACCUGGAUUGUUCAGUACAAUGCUCCAGCAACUUCCGCCGAGUACAUACAUCGCGUCGGUCGCACAGCAAGAAUCGGAGCCCAGGGGAGCAGCCUGCUCAUUCUUAUACCAUCCGAGGCUGAUUAUGUGCAAACGCUGGUGGAUCACAAGAUCAGUGUCUCCGAGUUGAAGAUGGAAGACGUGCUGUCCAACCUACUCUUAGAAGACUUCCUGAAAAUCAAUAGAGCUGGUGGCAAGAAGGCCGAAUCGGCGGACCCCCAGACCAUCCGGGAAAGAGCAACCGUCUUGCAGACCAAAUUUGAAGAUUACACUCAUGCCAGUCCAGAGACCGCUUUACGGGCUAAGAAAGCGCUGCAGUCCUACAUUCGUUCUUAUGCCACAUAUCCCAAGAACCUAAAGCACAUCUUCCACAUCCGUUCUCUGCACCUGGGCCACGUGGCCAAGAGUUUUGGCCUGAGAGAUGCACCACAAAGCCUCAGCAAGCAGCUAGCUGGAAAACCAAAGAAGUACAGAAAAGACCAACACAAAAGGGCUGAUGGGCACAAAUUAGUCAGGAAGAAGACGCACUUUUCAGAUCUGGUCAAUUCUGAAUAUUCCAGUGGGUUUACACCGAAAAUCAAGAAAGGCAAGAUGCCCAAGAGUGACGAUAAGGAGACAUGACACAGGAAAUCAUAGUUGUCCAA